CGUUUUCUAGAGCUAGCAUUGAUAAUGUCUUCUUCACGUCACCUACUUUAUAAAUGGGCAAUUCUGCUUCUCUCAGCCUUGCUUCUCCGUCUCUCCUCUGCCGACGUGGGCACCGGUUCCCGCUACGGCCCCCCAUACAUGCCAACGGCCUGUUUCGGGAACGACGGCUCACAGUUUCCAACGAACAACCAUUUCGCCGCCGUCGGGGAACAGAUGUGGGAUAACGGUGCAAUCUGUGGGAAAAUUUACUUGGUGAGAUGCUUGAGUGGAAGCAUUCCUAAGGCUUGUGUCAGUGGCAAAGCCAUUCAGGUUAAGGUUGUUGAUCGUGCUGCGACGUCUGUGUCUCGCCCUACUGCUCCUGCGACCUUUGUUCUUUCGAAUGAUGCUUUUGCAGCCAUUGCAAAUCUCUCUGCAAAUUCUCUCAACAUUGAAUAUUCUCGUGGAUAAUGAAUUAUUUAUCUUCUUCUAAAAUGUUUCUCAUUAUCGUUCUGUAAGUCAAUCUGUCAGGUCUUUCUGUUUA